GACCGAAGCAGUCCCAAACGCAGUCCCAAACAUCCCGAGCGAAGCUUCGACCAGCGGCGGCUGUAAAGUGAAAAGUUUUUCGGGGUCGACAUUUUCCGGCAAUUAAUCAUACGCACCGCAAGCGGCGCGGAAACGAGCGAGCGGUUCGGUUGUGAGUUUAGCGUUUUGCUUUGCGAAAGAAGUUUCAUCCGGCGGAGAUAAGACCCCGAGCGGUGCUACAAAAUGCUUACCAUAAGCGUGCUGUUUAAGAUGCUGCUGCUGACCUCGUUUUUGUCGCAAGCGGUCUACUGUCAGAGGUCGGCACGGGUGCGCCGCGAAGCUUCGAAACCAUUGUUGACGGAUCCGGCAGCAGCCGGCAUCGAGGCAUCGGAGGAGACCAAACCGGCCGGUGAGGUGUUGCGUACGGCGGCUUCGGAGAGGACACAACGCAGCUACUAUGGAGGUGGUUCGAGUGAACGAUUGUUCGAUCUAGGGCUGCUGAGCAAACCGUACUAUACGGGCAAUCGUGGAUACUACCCGUCUGGUGGCUACUACCCUCAGGGUGGCUACUACCCACAGGGUGGCUACUACCCACAGGGCGGUUACUAUCCGCAGUCUGGCGGAUAUCCGAGUUCGGGCUACUACCCUGGCACGAACACACUCGGUUUCGGAGGUUCCUCGUACGGUGGCGGUGUCUACGGCGGAUAUGGCGGAUAUGGCGGCUUCGGAGGUAAUGGAGGACUACAGUCGUACUUCGGCUACAACAACGACAAUUACUACGGCAACCGUAACCUGGGCUACGGCUACUACGGUGGCACUUCGCCAUCCGGCUAUGUAGGCUCGACGCUCGUCAGCGGUUUCCGUGGUUACAACUGACAGCUGUCAUCGGCUGCGCUUGUGCAUGUGCUCGCUUCCUGUUGCGUGUUUGUGUCUCGCAAUUAUUGUGCUUAUUUGUGGAGGGCCCCCGCCCUGUAAAGUGGGAAUGUACCGAGGGCCCAAAAGUGUAGACCAAAAAAUGUCCAAAACUUUUCUGAUUACUUUCUAGUUGUUAACUCCAGACAUUCGUCAGCAUCUUACAUCUUCGCUCGCUGAUGCAAUGUGUGUUACCAUAGCACCAGCUCUAGCCAUACGCAAGAACGGUACCCUCCUUUACGGGAGGGUUUACUUGCUCGAGUAAAUAAAGAUGUCGAUCGAAG